GCACUCUGGGGCUUGUAGUCCAACCCAUGAUGUGGAGGGAGGGAGGCCCAAGUUGGAGAAGGCUAGCUGGGGUCUGCUGCUGUUGGUUGGAAUAGAAAAAAAGCCUCUAUAAGGAGGAAAGUGUCAUUGUUGGUGCUGUUGUUCCUUUUUGGGGCUGGGCCUUUAUCAGAGGUCCUUCUGGAACCUCAUAAUCUUCCUAAAGGAAAUUUGGGGAGCAGGACCAAAGGAAGGGCCUUGAACAGGGGCUCUGGAUGGAGGGAAAGUGGGAAGACUCAGCUGCCCCUGAGAGAGGGAAAGGUCCCCAUAUUAAUUGGGCCAAGGUUGAGAAGAUGAUGGAGAUGAUGCUCUGGCCAGAAAUGCAACGCUGGCAGUUCAGAGGUUUUGGCUACCAAGUGGAUGAAGGACCUCGAAUGCUUUGCCACCGACUCCACACUCUGUGCCACCAGUGGCUGAAACCAGAGAGACACACCAAGGCUGAGAUGCUGGACCUAGUGAUCCUGGAGCAGUUCCUGGCUGUCAUCCCUCUGGAGAUGUCAAGCUGGAUCAGGGAAUGUGGGGCAGAGACCAGUUCCCAAGCAGUGGCCCUGGCCGAAGGUUUCCUCCUGAGCCAGGUAGAGGAGAAGAAAGAGGAAGAGUGGCAGGUACAGGAGGCAAUCAACAAACCAGACCCUCAGUUUGUAGAAACAGGGUCUACAAAGAGGCCAGUGCUCAGAUGGAUCACACAAGAGAGCGACACAGGAGCCGACUCUUUGGGCUGA